GCUGGCACGUCAUCAGCAAGUGACGUCCCACGCUGUUACAUGUGGAUAAGCGAUCUAAUAGCAUAACAUUUGAAUUUCAUAAACUGCGUCCUUUUGGUUGAAGUUAACUCGGCAUAUUAAAAAGAUUGUGGAAGCCGAUCGACCGCGGUUCUUUCAUAUGGACCGUCAAAAGGUAGCAGUUAAUAGAAAAACCGCUGCAGCGAACUAAACUUGCUAGCCAAAGCGCUACUUUAGCAAAAGAAGGGAAAGUGCGGGCUACAUGACAUGGAGAACUACAGAAAAGCACGCACAGUCGAGCAACCCUGCCUGUGUCCAUUUCCCGACCUGCCCGGCGACACUCCGGAAGUUCGAGUGAAGGAUGGCAGCAAAAUCCGCAACCUGAUGAGGUUUGCUUUAAGCCGCAUGGAAGAGAAAACAGCCUCCACGGAUCUUCCAGGCCCUCUUGAAGGCUCAGAGGUGAGCGUCGGGUCGGGGGAGAAUCUGUGCCGCCAAAUCGUGUUCACGGGUGUGGGUCCGAGCGUGGCUAAAGCCAUCACGUGCGUGGAGAUCAUGAAGCGGCGUGUACAUGGCCUACACCAGCACACCAAGCUGGUCUAUCGUACAGUUCAGGAAAUCUGGGAGCCCCUGGAGCCCGAGGCCGGCUUGGACAGUCUCACAGUGAGCAGAAAUGUGCCCAGUAUAUGGGUUCUGCUCUCCAGAGACUCGCUUGAUAAGAACCAGCCAGGUUAUCAAGCUCCAGGUUCUUUUGAUGCCUUGUGGAUUCAGGCUCUCAAAGAGGAAGCAGCAACUCCGAAACACGUCCAGAGAAGGAAGAGGGGAGGGACAGGGCCUGGAAGGACAGAAGGGGCUGGGAGAGGAAAGGGUCCACACAAGCACCCGUGUCGACCUGGAGAACCACGUAGACCUCUAGGUCAUUCUGGGGGUGGGCAGGAUUGAAUCAGUGUUUCGUCUUCCUGCUGUAGCUUGCGUCAUAUUAGGUAUUUUCCCUUUUGAAGUGAAGUGUCAUAAAAAUGAGUUUAAAAGGGCAGUACGUAAUUUACAUAAAAAUAAAAUGGUCAUUUUUGUUUCAAGCCAAGCCGUUUCUCUAAAUAAAUGAAAUUGACUUCAGAAAUGCCUCAUUUCCCCAUUUAAAUUUGUGCCAAAGACACCAGAAUCAGAUUUUUGAAAUAUUUUAUGCAGCAGCAUGUUUUUCGUUAGGAUUGUUUUUGUAUCAAGAUAUUUUUUUAGAAGCGUCUUGAUUAUAUAUAAACAGUUUUUUUCUGUAUAUAUAUGAUAUAAAUUGUUAGAAAAAUAUGGGUUUGUACAGGUUGGUUCUCAUGUAAUCACAGUUGAAAAACAUUGAAUGUAUUCCAUGGAAAGCAAUUUAAAACAUGUUGAAGUAAACAAACACAUUUAACAUCA